AUGUCUUCCAACACAAGCGAAGAUACCGGCUUGCGCAUCGAGCUUAUCAACCAGCCCGACGAUUUCUAUCAUGCCUUUGACCCCAUAGCGAAUGCAUUUGGCCACCAGGCACAAGAUGGUCUGUGGAUUGCUAUGAACCCCGGCUGGGACACAUUGGAGGGUAAAGCGGCCAGCGCUGCUCGCAUGGUAUCACGAUGGCGUGCAACGACAAAAGACGACCAUGGCAAUCCAGAUGUCAUCUUCCUAAAGGCCACGUUACCAAACCCCAACCAAGGAGACCGUGUCAUUGCCGGAAUCGCAAUCUGGGUACAGGCCUCAGCCGUACAAGGUCAUGGGGAUCCACCUAUGGAGAACCUGAAGGAAUCUCUGGAGGUGGAGACCCUUUUUCCCGAGAAUGAGCCGGAACAGCGGUAUGUCUGCCAAGCCAUCCGGUCUUUCCAUAAGCGCCGAAACCAGGUGAUCAAGGAGAAAGCUACCGAGGCCAUACCAGCAGUGAUGAUUCUGGAUAUGUGUACCGUCGACCCGGCUUACCAGCGGAAAGGCAUCGCUACGGCUCUGGUGCAAUGGGGUCUUGAUGAAGCUAAACGACGCGGUAUACCGGAGUGCAUCACCGAGGCAUCUGUGAUGGGUCGUCAUGUGUAUGCGAAAUUAGGCUUUAAGCCGGAAGGACCUGAGAUUGAAUAUACCGUUGAUCCAGAGUUUGUGGAUCGUCCGAGGCCUCGGAAUCUAUUUAUGCGCACGGGAACCACUGCAUGA